GAGACGGGCAGCUGGAGGCUGUUUUUGUUUUGUGCUGAGGACAGAAACAGUGUGUCCUUCUUCCCGUUACUACACAGACGGUUCAACCGAAUUUAUAACUGAGCUGACAAACAGGACAGGACAGUAUGGGUGCCGGUUCGAGCACCGAGGUCGAAAGGGAGCCGCUUAUGGGGCGUCCUAACGCGGAGGCGAACCGUCAACCAGUACACAGCAGAGUGUACGGAAGAAGAUGGCUGGUUCUGACACUGUUUUCACUGCUGGGACUCAUGCAAGGGAUGGUCUGGAACUUCUGGGGACCCAUUCAGAACUCGGCCGUUCACGCUUACGGCUUUUCCAAGUCUGACAUCGCUGUUCUGGUUCUCUGGGGCCCAGUGGGCUUCGUCCCCUGGCUGCUGUUUAUGUGGUUAAUGGAUAAAAAAGGUCUGCGGUCAUCUCUCCUCCUCUCUGCCUUCUUCAUGUUGCUUGGAGCAGUUAUGCGGAGCAUCCCACUGACAGAUCUGCCUCUCAGACGAUGGUUGAUACACGGAGGUCAGUUACUGAACGGUUUAGCCGGUCCAACCAUAAUGAGCGCCGGCCCCUACCUCUCCACGACCUGGUUCGCUCCUGACCAGAGGGCCACUGCAACAGCUGUGGCCUCUCUCUUCUGCUACCUGGGAGGCUCUGCUUCAUUUAUCGUGGGACCAAUGGUAGUGCCGGCACCCAAUGACAGCCUGGCAGCACCCACAAAUUCAGCGACGGUUUCCGACAACUUCAUCAGAGACAGGAUCCAGCUGGUUAUGUAUGCAGAGUUGGGUGCAAUUGCAGUGCUUUUCGCAGCAGUCCUAGUCUAUUUUCCAUCACGCCCACCGAUGCCUCCCAGUGUGGCGGCUGCAAGCCAAAGACUCAGUUACAGGAGCAGCAUCUGCAGACUCCUGAGUAACUUUCGGUUCCUGAUGAUAGCGCUGGCUUAUGCAGUUCCCACAGGAGUGAUUGCUGGCUGGGCAGGAGUCCUUGACAUGGUCCUCACUCCGGCCAAAGUCAGUCAGGUGGAUGCAGGUUGGAUUGGUUUCUGGUCGACUGUCGGUGGUUGUGUGUUUGGAGUGGCAAUGGCCAGGUUUGCUGACUCUAUUCGGGGGAUGUUGAAGCUGAUUCUGGUGCUGAUGCUUGCUGGAGCCUCACUGUCUUCUACCUGGUUCACACUCACCUGUCUGAACAGAUACACUCAUCUCCCUUCUACUGCAGCCAUCCUGUACACUUCCUGCAUCCUGGUGGGCAUUUUUAUCAACAGCAGUGUGCCAAUAUUCUUCGAGCUCUUCAUAGAAACAGUCUACCCAGUCCCUGAAGGCAUCACCUGCGGUGUAGUCACAUUCCUGGGGAACCUGGUCACUGGCCUGCUCCUCUUCUUUCUCACUUUUUACUCUUCAGAGUUGUCAUGGCUCAACUGGUGUCUAACAGGCUCCUGCCUCUUCAGCCUCGUCCUCAUCCUCUUCUUCAGGGAGUCUUACGACCGCCUCUACUUGGACGUCUUUGUCUCCGUGUGACACUGCAGGGGACAAAAAAGCAAACAAAAGGACAUAAUAAUAAGGGACUGAAUAAUGAUAAUAAUAAUUGCACAAAGGAGAAAGGGGAGACAAAGGGAAAAGUGGAAAGGCCACUCCUUUUUAAAGAUGUAACAUUUUAGGGUGUAAUUGUGCAUUUGUUGGUAUCCAUGGCGACGGAUCACUGUACGGCUCCUGAGAAGAGCUGUGAAACGAUUCUACAUCAGUCACCAUUUAUAUAUGGCUGACUCAACGCCAUAUGCCUGUCCAACACGUUAUUUUAUAUGGAAGUCUGUUAAUAUGUAAACACAGAUUUGUGAACAGUGUUUUUUUAACAAGGUGUAGCAUGUCAAGAUUGUUGUUGUCAUUCACAAAUGAUGCCAGUUUAAAGUUGCUCGCCCCCAUGUGGCUGCUCCAUUCACCUUCCUUGAUUAUCUCAAAGCUGGAUGUCCUUGACUCCAGGUCAGCAUCAGGUGUAGUCACCGGGGCAGGAAUUGAAGGAUGGCAAAGUCUCAUCAGCCAAUCAGCAGGUCUGGCUGUGCUGCAUCGGAGAGAAACUAAUGGACCUCCUGGUGUUUACAUGCUGCUCUGAACCCACUUCCUGUUACUGACAGACAGGAACUUUAAGACAGAUAUUAUGCAAAAUGCUCUCCAUAGGUUGGUGAUUGGAUAACGGCUACAGAUGUCACAUGGGAUUGGAUUCACCCGUGCCCCCACCCACCACUGAACUUGGAGAAGCUGAAUCAUCUCAACUAUUACACUGUCACAUUUCAGACAUUUUUCAGCUUACCUGUGGAUAAUUGUGACAAUUUUCUGUAAGUUUUGUUUUGUAAUUUAAAUUAAUAAUGUUAAUUUCUUUUUUAAGCUUACAAUUAUUAGUUUUCCUCAACCGCCUGUUUGUAUUUAUUGUAAAUGUCAACACUAACCCUUUUAACACAGUUUUAUUAAAAAUUGCUGUUUUGUCCAUUGACGACCACAGAUGAGGCACACUGAGGGAUACAAUUGUAAUAAUACAGAUAUGAGGAUUGCUCCGUAUUGUAACUGUUGAGUUGCUUUUCCUCCAAAGCACCAGCAGGUGUCUCUGCGCCUACUGACAGUCUACUGAUAAAACACCUAAGCUAAAAAGAAAAGGAAGCUCCAAAAGAGGGCUAUAUACAAAUGAAACACAUCUGUCACUCAAAGACAAAGUUUUUCUUCUCCAACUUAACUUCCUUCUGAAGUGUUUUUAUGUGAAAUCCUGUGGGUUUUGAGGAAGUUCUGUACUGUGUUUCCUGGUGCUUUUUUCCUUUUUCUCCUUGUACGGAAAAGGUUGUCUUUUUACCUUUCAACGUGUUGCCUUAAUUGCCCUGUGUGGUGCAUUCAGUCUCCCUCUCAUUCACACUGUGACUACUUCAUAUGUACCUAGAGUUAAAAGGUCAUGUUCCUGCAGUUUCCUGGGCUUUGGGUUAUUAAUGUCCUUGUUCUGUGGAAAUGAAAAAGAACAAGUGGGACUGUUGACUAUUUCCAGCACCUUAUUAAAACCACAACUUUUUAAGAAUA